UUUUCUGAAUUAAGUUACUCGCUUGUACAUCUUCAUAACUCCGGUGUUACAUUGGCAAUGUAAUUCUUACCUGCAGACACCACUCCACAAUGGGUCGUAUUGAUCUAGACGACGAACUUUUCUUGCCCGUGGUGGACCGACUGUGGUGGGGAGAUUUGGAACGGAAGAAAGAGGAAAUGGUCAAAGUCACAGGUCCCUUCCCGAAGAUAAAACUGUUCUGUGACGACAUCGGACGAGGUGAUCAAAUCGACCUGAUUGACGUCAUGGAGAAAUGGGAGGCCCGUUUGAUGACCCAGGAAAAUCAACCUGACAUCCCUUACAAUUUCUUAGUGGGCAAUGAUGGUAUAGUGUAUGAAGGACGAAGUUGGGAGUACUACCCGCCAGAAAUAAACGAGUUUUGGAUCUGCUACCUCGGCAACUUCACAGAUGAUGAUCCUGAUUGGGACAGAAUAUACGCUGUUCAUAACCUGAUUCUCUACGGAAUAAAGGAAAAUUACAUCGAAAAACAUUUUUCAUUAGAAACAUACACAAAAAACAAAAUCGAAAGCCCACAACCAUCGUAGGACCAAUUGUAUGUUUUUUUAUCUUUUUAAAUAAAUAUUUGUAUCGACUUUUGUUGAAUAUGAGUUAUUUACUUAAUUCCCAUGCCAUUUUCUAUGUAACUUCGUAAUAAAGGUUUCUGUCACUAA